CAGGGGGGCUAAGCUCGCCUCGGCGGGAAUCCCUCCGAUGCAGCGUCGCGAGGGAGGGGAGGAGCUUCUUUUAACUCCGCCCCGGCGAGUUUCCCACUCCUCCUCUUACAUUUCCGACCCCCCCGACGUCGGCGAGUUCCCCAGCGUAGCUCCGAUUUGCCCCUACGCUCCGCAGUGAAGGGUUUAAUUUGAUUUAAAUCGGAAAUGACAAAUAAAAAUCGGAAAAAGCAUGGAUGCUAAUUAUCAAAGCCUUUAGGUAAUAAUAAAUUGUAUUCCUGGUAGCGAAUUGCUGUAAAAACCCAUAUGUUUAUAGGAAUCACUGCGAGCAUGCUGUUCGUCUGCUAUGAGCGAACGCGGGCGAAUAGAACACCAUGGACGACGGCCAAGAAAGCGCGAUGCAAGCUAAAAGACUGCAGCCUCGAGCUUCUGCUGCUCAACAAGAGCACUUGUAUUCAUUCAUGCGCGACCACCCGCAAAUUACACGCGCCGCCAGUGAUUUUACAGGAGGGGUAACGCGCGAAAGCAAAGAAAAGCUGUGGAGACAGCUCACGGCUGAACUGAACGCCCUCGGACCAGCCACAAAGUCGCCCGCCCGGUGGCGACAUUACUGGACGGACAAGGUGUCCUGGGCCAAAAAAAAGGCAGUAGAUUUCCGCCAGAGCAGUGGCGGUACAGGCGGCGGCUCGGUGCCCGGCGAGGCCGGCGUCGUUCUGGACGUCGUUGGCCACGACGCAUCUAACGAUUGCGGCUCCGUGAAGCUGCCUGGUCGGCCAGAGGGUGCACCACCACCACAUUCACCCGAGUCGCCACCAAGAGUUUCGGUUGGGGAGAUUGCAGGGACAAGCGGUGCAUCCAGACACCAAGCUGCACCACCAGCUUCCAGGCUUUUGUCACCUGGAAAUGAGGGCACGACCGACACAUCCGUUCCCAGCCAGUCAACCACCCUUGCACAGUGUCCUGUACGGGCACCACGGCGUCGAAAACGCAAGGGGGGCCAUGAUGCUGCCGAGGAAUAUGUUCAAGACCAACGACGCCUGGUGGACCUCGCAGAGGCGAGGGCUGCUGCUUCGGAACGGCACGUGGAAUCGCUGCUAACCGAAAUGAGGCGACAAUGCAGCGCAACGGAACGGCAGGCAGCUGCCAUGGAACGGCAGGCUGCAGCGAUGGAGCGGCAGGCUGCGGCGAUGGAGCAGCAAGCCGCAGCCAUGGAACAGCAGGCUGCGGCCAUGCAGGUGCCCAGAGCACUCCUGCUGCUUGUGGCCAUGUUGGCCACCACAUUCCAGCGCGUCGUGCUUGUGCCGAGCAGGCCCCCAACACCGCCGCAGUUGGACUAAGUCACUCCUACCCGUUUUUUUUUUAUGAAAUGCAACAGAGUUUGUAGUCCUGCAUAAUUAUUUUUAGGACAAUGUAUACAGUCGCCAAUUGAUUUUUCGGACUUCGCACUGAUUGAAAAACCGUCUGAAUAAGAUAGUAGUCUGAAAAUUCAGCAGAUUAAAAAACUGCCUUUAUUACGUCUAAGCCGGCUUAAAAAAGCCAUAAAUAGUAGCUUACUUCGGGUUAUGUCAACGCGCCUUGUUUUAGGUUACGCCCGUUUGCGUUCAGCAACUUUUUAUUAACUUGAGAAUUGCUGCCUUCUUUUCUAGCGUUAUGGUCGAGUACUUUCUGCGCUUCUUAGCAAAACAUCAUAGCAGCGAAGAACAGAUGGGCAAUGACGUCCAAGCUAGCGUUUUCCAAAAACACGAUCCACCGAAACGAGGUCGAGAUGAGGCGCAAGUCCACAACUACAAUGGCGAAUCAACAAAGAAAAAUGGUAACAACAAUGAUGAUGAUAAUGAAAAGCAGCUAGAAUAAAAGAAAAAAACCCAUACAGCAUCACGUAGCAGUAAACUUAGCAGUACUCAAUGAGGCCUGCCAAACCAAGAAUUAAAAAUAGCCGCACGGCGGUGGUGCUUCGUGGUGAUCGCCCGCGACGAUUUUUUUCCAAAAAAUCAAACGUUCGGACUUCAAGCUGUCCGAUACAUCAGUUGUGAAUAUGCACUCUUUCUAUCGGGUAGGUGACGGUUC